CAUCGAUUGAGAGUAUUGUAUAUGCAUGGAGCCUUUUGUUUAAGUUCUGUCUCGCCGCCCUUUUCUUACCUGAUUUGGGGGUUGGUUACCCCAGCAACCGGAUCGCCAGGCGUACGAAGUACCUACGUUACGAGGUAAAAAGGAGUGCUUAUCUGUCAGUUUUGUCUUAUCGCGUCUCCAACCCCACCAGCUGUUUCCUCAGCUGGAACCCCACUUCGUCAGCUUUGACGUUACACCCGCCGGCGUUUCUUUUUUAUUAAACAUUUUAUCUUCGCGAUUAGGAUUCGCAAGCUAAAAACUACUGCCAAUUGUCGCAUCACCUCUGCUAGGAAAUAAAUACCGUCGCCAUGCCCGGUCCUCCGAAUAAGAAGCAGAAGCGGCAAGAUUACCGCCAAGCGCUAAAAGAAAAUGGCACGACGAAUAUGCCCAAGAAGAAGUUCUAUCGCCAGCGCGCACAUGCGAAUCCCUUCUCAGACCACAGGUUAACAUAUCCAGUCAGACCCGAUGCCAUGGAUUGGUCCACGUUCUUCCCAGCAUUUACCGAAGCGGAAACGGAAACAUCGUCCCCUAAGAAGCUCACGAAAGAUAUUGAAGUUGUAGACAUAGGUUGUGGAUUUGGUGGCCUACUUGUAGCCUUGUCGCCCGUAAUGCCAGAUACCUUACUCGUAGGCAUGGAAAUCCGAUCGCAAGUAGCGGAAUUCGUCCAAGAUCGAAUCAAAGCUCUCCGUGCCAAGGACCCCGAGCAGAAUUCAUACCAGAACAUUGCUUGCCUGCGGGCAAACACAAUGAAAUUCCUACCCAAUUUCUUUCGAAAGGGCCAACUAUCGAAGCUAUUCAUCUGUUUCCCCGAUCCACAUUUUAAACAGCGAAAACACAAGGCUCGAAUCGUGUCUACUACCCUUAAUUCCGAGUAUGCAUACGCCCUCAGGCCAGGUGGAAUUGUAUAUACCAUUACGGAUGUGGAGAAUCUUCACGAGUGGAUGGUACAACAUUUUGAGGCCCACCCUUCGUUCGAGAGAGUGCCUGAAGAGGAGCAAGAUGCUGAUCCAUGCGUGGAAGUUAUGAGGACAGAAACCGAGGAAGGGAAGAAGGUCGAGAGAAAUAAAGGCCAGAAAUUUGUUGCCUUAUACCGGCGCAUGAAAGAUCCGGAGUGGUGACCACUACUACAUACGACUACAAAUUAUAUGACAAUUGGAAUAUAAAGAUACCCGGUGAUGACUAUCCUAUGAAGAUUCGGAACUUGCUCUUUUCUGUAAUUUGACCGAUGAACUAUAAGGAGUCAUAUGUCGCUUCGCUUCGAAAAACGAGCCUAGAAUUGACAAGAAUUUUGUUAUUCAAUGACAAACUUGAGGGUCCGCAUUCAAAAUCGCGUCUAAUGGAUGGGGCAUCAUUCUACGGAUUACAGGUAUUGAUAGGUAUAGGGUACAUACAUGUACCUAUACCUACUAAGUGUAUGUACAAUACAGGUACAUGUAGGUACCUUGCUGCACUGUACAAUAGGUACAUCAUUGGAAAUUCAUAGCCCGUGCUUCUUGCACCGCAUUACCCCAUAUGGUAGGUACCUUACCUAAUGCGCUGGAACUUACAGCAACUUCAAUCGAUAAGCAGGUCUUGGCCUCCAAUUCGCCG